GAGUGUUCCAGGCCUGGAGGUGGAAGAUGGAAUAUUAUGAGGAGCAGAGAAAAUUUUCUUGGAUCUUUAAAGAAGCUCAACCACGCAAAUGUAGUGAAAUUGAAAGAAGUCAUCAGGGAAAAUGAUAACCUUUAUUUUAUCUUUGAAUACAUGAAGGAAAACCUUUAUCAGCUAAUGAAAGAAAGAAACAAGUUGUUUCCUGAGUCUGCUAUUAGGAAUAUUAUGUACCAGAUACUACAGGGACUUGCAUUCAUCCACAAACAUGGGCAGAGAGAGGAGUGCAGUGUGACAUGGGCGUGCAGACCACAGCAAACCUGGAGCAGUUACUUCCUCAUUCCAAGAAUUUCAGCAUUAAUAGUAUCAAAAGAUGCACGAUUAACCGAGACAGACAUGAUCUUGGCGGAACUUUGUGCAGCACUUCGAUAUUCCUACUUUCAAGUUGGACAUCCCCUAGGCAGCACUCCCCAUAGCCUUCAGGAAAUGGGGAAACCACAGAAAGAAUUCCAGGAGAAGAUGGGACCACCACCUCAUAUGAAACCCGUCCCUCCUGCAACCCCCCCUGCCAAACCACAUCCCCGGAUUUCUUCUCGACCACAUCAGCCCAGCCUGACCCCCCAGCAUCUCAUAUACCCAUACAAAACAGAGGCUUCAGCAGCAGAUCCUGAGAGCCAGCACCAAGAGGACCAGCCUAUUCCAGUGCUUUUCCCAGCCCUCCACAACAAGAUCCCUCAGAAUAAAGUUCUGGCAGGCUUGGAGCACCCAAAUGGUGAAAUUAAACCAAAGAGGAGGAGGUGGGGGCCACUUUCCAGGUCAACAAAGGAUUCUGAUGAUUGGGAUGAUUUGAAUGACCUCGAUUUCAGCCCUUCCUUCACCAAGGCUGAUCUAAAAAAUAAGAAAAGACAGAGUGAUAAAACUCUCCAUAGAUUUGAGAGCGUUUUGGACCUGAAGCCUUCAGAACCCAUAGGUACCAGUAACAGUGCACCCACCCAUACUUCCUAUCAGUGACAAGGCACUCCAACAUUGCGAUCUGUAGCCAAGCAGCAUUACUUGAAGCACUCUAGAUACUUGCCUGGGAUAACUAUUAGAAAUGGCAUACUUCCAAAUCCAGGCAAGGAUUUUCUCCCACCUAAUUCAUGGUCUGGUUCUAGUCUCUCUGGAAAAUCUUCUGGUUCAGUAUCAGGAAUCAGCAGAAUGAAUUCAGGUUAUGCUUCACUGAAGUCUGUGAGACCUCAUCACAAUCGACCCCUUUUCCAUACUCAUCCCCAAAAUACCCCAGGAUUACUGCCUCAGCCACCUGCAGCCCAGCUGGUCCAUGGACGUACUGCCUGGGUUUCUAAAUAUGCAUCCUGACAGUGACAGAUGUGAAGCAAUUUGCACUGAAAAGCAGGAAACUUUUCAUCAAAUAAUUAUGGUGAAGAAAACUCUCUCACCUGCAAUAAACAUGAGAAAAGAUAAGCAAAGGCCUCUCCCCAACAUAUUAUAGUUAUUUUCUGCAAUCAAGAUAUUUCAAUAUUCCUUUUUUUUUUAGUUUUUUAAAAAUAUUAACUUGAGUCCAAUGUUGUACCUUUUUUGUACAAAAUUAUUUUGUUCUAUAAUUGGGUCCUAUUAUUUUCUUAAAUAGCAGCAUUUUGUAUAUAGGCGAUUACA